AUGAGCAAAUCGCAGCUCUCCGUUUUGGAAUGCGACCGGAUAUUGACCGCUCCUGGGUCCGUUUUGGAGAUGGAAGAACGUAUCUUGCACGGUAGAAAAGUCAGGACAUGGAAGCAUUGUCCGCCAACAUUCCGAUCGUAUUUCCUUGAGAGCUGUACCAAGUAUACGUCCCGGACUUUCUUGUCUUCCCCUGUAGAGCCCUCCGGACGUCAAGAAUGGACAUUUGGACAGGUCGUCGAGGAAAGUCUGAAAUUAGCAGGAUGGAUGAAGUCUCGAGGUCUAGGGAUAGGUAGUCGGAUAGCCAUUGGAGGAGGGAACAGCGCGGGCUGGAUCAUUGCAUUCGUCGCCGUCCAUCUCAUCGGAGGUAUAGCCGUAGCUCUUAACGCCUGGUUACCUUUGGACUCGUUGGUCUAUUGCCUGGAAUUAACAAAGCCCGCUUUGGUCCUGGUCGACGCCAGACUGGCAGAGUUGCUUGACCCUGCCGUUUUGACCCUGCGCAGAAAAGGCAUGGGGGAGAGCCUGAGUGCAAAGAUGAGUUGCUCUCCGGAGCAGCUUCGGCAGAUCAAAGAUGGCACAUCACUGGAUGACCUGAAUCCAGAGUCUGAUGCAAUCAUUUUCUUUACAUCUGGCACUGGAGGCCGACCCAAAGCUGUACUGAGCACUCAGCGCAUGGCAUUGACGAAUCUAUGGUCCGGUCUGGUCGCACCGAUAAGAGCCGCAUUGCGAGCCGGCGUCACCCCACCGCCAAUGCCCAAGCCGACGGACCCUCAGAAGAUCGUCUUACUCGCGGUCCCACUCUUCCACGUCACUGGCUGCUUAUCGUGGUUGAUGCGGGCGUUCUUCACCGGCAAUAAGAUGAUUAUGAUGUCUCGAUGGAGCAUCCAUGAAGCUGUGAGCUUGAUACAGAGUCAGAAAGUCACUGUAAUCGGAGGUGUGCCUGCUAUCGUCUCGGAGAUCCUAGAGAGUCCUGCGUUGGACAAAAAUUAUUCGUUCGAAACUGUGUUCUAUGGUGGUGCUCCGCCAAGUAGGGAGCUCGCGAAUGAGGUCAAAAGGCGAUGGCCAAAGACUGGAUUAGUGCAAGGCUACGGUAUGACAGAAACGAACGCCUAUGUCUGUUCGGUUGCUGGAGCAGAUUACGUUCUCCGACCUGAUACCACAGGCCCAGCCGUUCCAGUCUGCGACGUACGGAUAGCAGAUCCAAGAACAGGCAGAGCUUUGCCGCCUGGAUCUCCUGGCCUUUUGAUGGUGCACGGUCCACAAGUCAUGAAAGGCUACUACAAUGACCCGAAGGCCACCUCCAAAGUGAUCGACCAGGAUGGGUGGCUAGAUACGGGCGAUAUCGCUGUGCUGGAUCACGAAGGGUUCAUAUACAUUAAAGAUAGGGCGAAGGAUAUCAUCAUCCGUGGCGGAGAAAAUAUCGCGUCAAGUGAUGUUGAAAACGCACUCUACGCUCAUCCCGGAGUGCUCGAGGCAGCCGCGAUAAGUGUUCCUGACAAGCGACUGGGCGAGAAAGUUGGUGCUAUCGUGUCGGUCCGCAGCGACUGGACGGGUCGAGUCACCGAGGAGAGCUUGUUAGAGGACGUCAAGAGCCGACUCGGCAAGCCCGCUUGGCCAUCUAUAAUUCUCAUUUCGAAUGAUCCAUUGCCGCACAAUGUCAAUGGUAAAGUGGUCAAACGAGACCUGAGGCCCAUGCUGGUCGAAGCUUGGGAGAAGCGAAAGCGUGUGGACGCUGGCAGACUCAGAUCCAAGCUAUGA